AUGUUCCACAAAACUUUCUUCCUGGCGUUCGCCGCCGCAUCCGUCGUCCUCGGUGCCCCUGCGCCUGCUCAAGUGACUGAUACGGAUGUCCUUCAGUUCGCACUCACUCUCGAGCAUCUCGAGAGCGCCUUCUACGCUCAAGCCCUCGCAAAGUUCGACGCGCAGGCCUUUGCGGACGCUGGCUUCCCGGAUUGGGUCCGUGGCCGCUUCGUCCAGAUCGGAGAGCAUGAAGCCGAGCACGUCAAGUUCCUGAGCGGCGCGCUCGGUGCCGCCGCCACGCAGGCGUGCGAGUACAACUUCCCCUUCACUGACCCGCGAUCGUUCGCGGCGCUCUCCAUGCCCCUGGAGGACGUUGGCGACUCGGCAUACAUUGGCGCGGCACAGCUUGUGUCGGACAAGGGUGUCCUGACGGACGCGGCUUCCAUCUUGUCUGUUGAGGCACGUCACGCGGCGUGGGUCUCCUCUGCCGUGCUCAAGUUCCAGGGAUGGAACGGGCCCUUCGACUCCCCGCUCAGUCCGAGCGCGGCGUUCUCCAUCGCUUCCCUGUUCGUCACGAGCUGCCCCUCAAGCAACCCCCCGCUGCCCGUGAAGACCUUCCCGCCGCUCACCCUCUCCGAGGCCGCCCCCGCGCACGGCGCCCUCGUCGGGCUCACCUUCACCAAGCCGACCGGCGCGCAAGCCUCCGCGCCCGCGUUCGUCGCAUGGUUCGACGGGCUCAGCGUCGUGUUCUCGAACGUGACCGCGGACGGGCAGACGGUGGUGCCGCCGGGGCUCGAGGGCACGGUGUUCGCGGCGCUCACGUCGGUCAACAGCGGGAUGCCGACCGACGACACGCUGCUCUCUGGGUUCACGUUCGCCCAGUUCCCGUUCGACUCGCAUGUGGACACUCCUUGA